AUGGGCAAAAAGUCGGACGUUAUCUACCAUGGGCCCUCUUUCGCUGCGCUUCAUCAAAAUGAAUUGCGGAUUAGUCGUUUGACUGAACAGUCGGUUGUUCAGGGGUGUGGGUUCAAGAACAGCAUGAAGGUACAAUCUUAUGUUUGA